GAUUGUUCAACGACUAUUUCUCAGAGAAUCCAACUUACAACGACACCAUGUUUCGUAGGAGAUAUCUUAUGUCUCGUUCUUUAUUCCUUUGUAUUGUUAAUGCUCUCGAAGACCAUGACAACUACUUUAGACAGCGAAAUGAUACAACUGGAAGACUUGGUUUAUCAUCUCUUCAGAAAGCAACAUCCGUCUUUCAGAUGCUAGCUUAUGGUUUGCCCGCUGAUGCUACUGAUGAAUAUAUUGGCACAGCAAUCGAAAGUAUGAAAAUAUUUUCUCGGGCUAUUGUGGAAAUAUUCUCAGAUGAAUACUUACGGUCAUCAAUACCUACCGAUGUUUCAAGACUUCUGAAGAUUGGUGAAGAGCGAGGCUUUCCGGGAAUGUUGGGUAGUUUAGAUUGCAUGCACUGGAAGUGGAAAAAUUGCCCGAUCGCUUGGGCUGGACAAUAUGCAGGUCGUAGUGGAUCACCAACUAUAAUUCUUGAAGCUGUUGCAGAUUAUGAUCUUUGGAUAUGGCAUGCAUAUUUCGGGAUGCCGGGCAGCAAUAAUGAUAUCAAUGUCUUGGAGUCUUCACAUCUUUUCUCCAAUCUCGCUCAAGGUAUUGCACCUCCUCCUCAUUAUAUCAUUCAAGGCAAAGAAUAUAAUAUGAGUUAUUAUUUGGCCGACGAUAUAUAUCCAAAAUGGUCUACCAUAGUGCAAACUAUUCAUGAGCCAGUGGGUUCAAAGAAGAAAUAUUUUGCUACACAACGAGAAGCAUGUCAAAAAGAUGUGGAGCGUGCCUUUGGAGUUCCUCAAUCACGCUUUGUAAUUGUGAAAGGACCAGCUCGUUUUUGGAAAAAAGAUGUGCUACAUGACAUAAUGACUAAAUGUAUAAUUCUAAUAACAUGAUAAUUGAAUAUGAGCGUGAUCUUGAUGCUCCAAUUGAAGUUGGUGGAGAAGUUCCAGUUCUAGAGGUUGAUAUCGAAGAGCAUGAUAAUAUUCAUUUUCAAAAAAAAAUUGGCUCGAUUUAGAAGAAUUAAAGAUCAAGAAGCACAUUUCACUCUUCGAAACAAUUUAAUUCAUCACAUGUGGGAAAAAUAUAUAUUUCAUGCUUCCUUAUAAAAUGUAGUGUUCUUGUGUAAUUUAUUUAUGCUAUGUGUUCUAAUUAUAUUGUAUGAUAAUGUUUAUUUAAUAUUAAUUAGCAAUUGUGGUGAAAUAUUGUUAAAAUAAAAUAAUUGGGUAAAAUUAGUAAACUAGCAAAAGUAAAAGAUGUUUUGAUAAAUAAUGUUAAAAAAGAAAAAUAAUAUAUUUGAAAUAUUCCUUUUUGAAGAAAAAAGGAAGCAAACCAUUGGAGAACAUGCUUCUUCAUUUUUUGAAGAUCUUCAUAUUUUGAAGAAAAGAAUGAAGUUUACCAUUAAGUUGAUUAUACUAUACUUUUCAGUUUUUGACAAAAAUACAAAGAUGACUAGAAGCGGAUGAAAUGAAACUAAACAACAAGCAUACAACACAUGACAGCUAAAACAGUAAACUAGAAGAGGAGCGGCCCGAUGGUGGAAGGACAAGAGCUUAACGAGGCGAUGGUGACCAAACAACACCGGUAAGAUUAGAAGAGACAAUCUGGUUACCACCAAAUACCGAGAGAUAGGGCGUCCUCAAACUCCAGAAAGCACAGCUCCUACAGCUUCCGAGUCGCUAAACCGCAACAUACCGAGCCUAGAAUCCACCCUGAACCCGCAAACCAACAAACCGACGAUGCCGUCGUUCGGUAGAAAUAACCAGAGAUUACCGCCUCUAGCUCAAACCACCAAGACCAUAUACACCCAUUUAACCAGAAUACCCAUAUAGGUAAAACUGACCGGAAAUGGACAAAUCCUCCGAUAAAACCUACGACCAAACCAGUAAUUAGACCGUUGCCUAAUUGAACCACCAUCAACCUACCACGAACCUAACUCCUAAACCAGCAGCAAGCUUUAACCGAAACUGUUGUUGCAAGAACAAGAGAGAGAAAUCGUUUAGAAGAACUGACUAAGUAGAAGAAGAAUGAAAAGAUACUUCCAAUCAAAGGUUAGAACUUUAGAUGACAACAGAAGACAUGUUCUUCCAUGGUUCAUGUCAUAUAGUAAUUAACCACAUUGAUUAGAGCAGCACUUGUGGCUUGUUUAGAAGCAUAUCCCGACCACCACCGAGGUAACUGAAGUUGUGGUGCUCCUAUUAGACUCUGGGAAUUCUUGAUAGCACAAAGAUACAUUCCCUGGGAAGCUUCUCCUGCAAGCAAAAGAUAAAAACCAAAAACAUGAUAUCAUUU